AUGUGCCUUGUUCUGUUCAUAGCAAAAAAACUCUCCAAAGAAACGCUUCCAAUUCCCAAACAAUCUGUUAGCUUCCUCAGCUCUUCUUCCUCGAAAAAACUUCCUUUCUCCCCUAAUUUCUAGGGUUUCGUAUAGUGAAAGAGAAGAGUAUCGAACAUAAUCGAAUCGAAUGGAUUGGGGAAACGUGACCGCAGAGGAUCUGAUUGACGCGCUUCGUGAAGUUGACUGGUCAUCGCCGCCACGUCCUCUUCCCGAAUUCUUCUCUCGGUUCACCGUCCCUCGAUCAUACUCCAAAUGGAAUAGCCGCCUUAAAUGCAAUCUCUACUACUACCGAACCAAUUAUUUCAUUUUGAUUGUUUUUAUUCUUGGUUUGGGAUUCCUGAGGAGACCGGUUGCUAUUUUAGCUGCGAUGUUAACAACGCUUAGCAUUGCCUUUCUUAAUGAUAGCUUUGCUGGAACUUUUAGUGAGAAGGUGACUAGAACUGUGAGGCAAUUCUCCCCACAUUUAGCAGCUAAGAUGAGGCCCCCUCUUAGACCUGUUAUCCGUGGUCAUCCGUCAGCUAAAAGAACAAUUCACAUUUGUGGUCGGCCUCGUUGGGUCUUUGUCUUCAUAUUCUCAUCUGUGAGUUUCAUCCUUUGGUACGUAUCAUGUGGUCUCUUGACUGUGCUAUGGGCACUUGUCAUUGCACUUCUUGCCACUAUCCUUCAUGCAAGUUUUAGAACACCUAACCUGAAGGCUCGUCUUAAUACAUUUCGUGAGGAAUUUCGUGCAGUUUGGCGCAAUUACAGUGAGCUGUAGAUCAUGUAGUCUAUAGCAUGUAAGCAGGCAAUGAAGGCUCUGAUGAUGGGGAACUCGUAGAUCUUGUUAUUAUAAGGUUGCACGGCUGCUGUCAACGUAAAAUGUGGUUUCUUCCGCUGGAUUGACACGAUGGUUGCAAUUCUUUGCAAUAGCAGACAAGUUGUAAAUUGUCAGUACCUCUUUGUUUCUGUAAAUCAGACGAUUUCUAUUGGAAAGACGUUGGAGAAUAUUUUAACUCAAUACUCCCCUUUGAGAAGAAAAUGAA